CGCGGCGGCAGCCGGGCUGCAGUGACUCCCGGGAGCUCGCCGCCCUCCGUGCCCUCGUCUUCCCGGGCUGGCGGGCAGCUGGUGGCGUCUGAGGAAGGCACCUAAGUCUGGGCUCCCGGAGGGACGCUGCGGCCGUGGUCCCGUCGCGGCUUGCCUCACACCUGUGCGUGAGUGCGAGUGCUCGCGGCCGUCUGAGUGUUUAAAAUGAAGAAGUUUAAUUUUCGAAAAGUUUUGGAUGGCCUAACUGCGUCGGCCCCUGGCAGUGGUGGCAGCAGUGGAGGUAACAGUGGUGGUGGGGCCGGAAGUGGCUCUAUACAUCCAGGAGGGACGGCAGGGGUUCUCAGAGAGGAAAUUCAGGAAACCCUGACUUCAGAAUAUUUCCAGAUUUGCAAGACAGUUCGGCAUGGUUUUCCUUAUCAACCCACAACAUUGGCCUUUGAUCCAGUUCAGAAAAUCUUGGCUAUUGGAACAAGAACAGGUGCUAUACGAAUACUUGGGAGACCUGGUGUUGAUUGUUACUGCCAACAUGAAAGUGGUGCAGCUGUCUUGCAACUCCAAUUCUUGAUCAAUGAGGGUGCUUUGGUUAGUGCAAGUUCAGAUGAUACACUUCAUUUGUGGAACCUUAGACAAAAAAGGCCAGCUAUUCUUCAUUCUCUUAAAUUUAACAGAGAACGAAUUACUUACUGUCAUCUACCUUUCCAGAGUAAAUGGCUCUAUGUUGGAACAGAAAGAGGAAAUACACAUAUUGUAAAUAUUGAGUCUUUCAUUCUUUCUGGAUAUGUUAUCAUGUGGAACAAGGCAAUUGAAUUAUCCACCAAGACUCAUCCAGGUCCAGUUGUACAUUUAAGUGAUAGUCCAAGAGAUGAAGGGAAACUAUUAAUAGGUUAUGAAAAUGGUACUGUAGUGUUCUGGGACUUGAAAUCUAAAAGAGCAGAACUGAGAGUUUAUUAUGAUGAGGCUAUUCAUUCAAUUGAUUGGCAUCAUGAAGGCAAACAGUUCAUGUGCAGCCAUUCAGAUGGUAGCUUGACUUUAUGGAACCUGAAAAAUCCAAGUCGCCCUUUCCAGACCACAAUUCCACAUGGAAAAAGUCAAAGAGAAGGAAGAAAAUCUGAGUCUUGUAAACCAAUUCUUAAAGUAGAAUACAAAACCUGCAGAAACAGUGAACCAUUCAUAAUAUUCUCUGGUGGGCUCUCCUAUGACAAAGCUUGCAGAAGACCAAGUUUAACCAUCAUGCAUGGAAAAGCAAUUACAGUACUUGAAAUGGAUCAUCCUAUUGUUGAAUUUCUAACUUUAUGUGAAACACCCUAUCCAAAUGAAUUUCAAGAACCCUAUGCUGUUGCUGUACUUCUAGAGAAAGAUCUCAUUGUAGUUGAUCUGACACAAACCAAUUUUCCAAUCUUUGAAAAUCCAUAUCCCAUGGACAUUCAUGAAUCACCAGUUACAUGUACAGCAUAUUUUGCUGAUUGCCCUCCAGAUUUGAUUCUAGUACUCUAUUCCAUAGGAGUCAAGCAUAAAAAACAAGGGUACAGUACUAAGGAAUGGCCAGUGAGUGGAGGAGCUUGGAAUCUUGGAGCACAAACUUAUCCAGAAAUUAUUAUUACUGGUCAUGCAGAUGGAUCAAUAAAAUUUUGGGAUGCUUCUGCAAUGACUCUCCAGAUGCUGUACAAGUUAAAAACUUCAAAAGUUUUUGAAAAGCAGAAGAUAGGAGAUGGAAAACAAGCAUGUGAAAUUGUAGAGGAAGAUCCAUUUGCUGUUCAGAUGAUUUACUGGUGCCCAGAGAGCAGAAUAUUUUGUGUAUCAGGAGUCUCUGCAUAUGUCAUCAUUUAUAAAUUCAGCAGACAUGAAAUCACAACAGAAAUAGUGUCAUUAGAAGUGCGACUUCAGUGUGAUGUUGAAGAUAUUAUUACCCCUGAGCCAGAAACAAGUCCUCCGUUUCCAGAUCUCUCAUCUCAGCUUCCUUCUUCAAGGAGUCUUUCCGGAAGCACUAAUACUGUGUCUAGUGAAGGAAUAACAAAGGACAGCAUCCCAUGCCUCAAUGUUAAAACACGACCAGUUCGAAUGCCUCCAGGAUAUCAAGCAGAUCUUGUUAUUCAGUUAGUAUGGGUAGAUGGUGAGCCUCCUCAACAGAUUACCAGUCUUGCUAUAAGCUCAGCAUAUGGAAUAGUUGCAUUUGGAAACUGUAAUGGGUUGGUUAUCGUGGAUUUUAUACAGAAGACAGUACUGUUAAGCAUGGGGACCAUAGACCUAUACAGAUCAAGUGACCUAUACCAGCGCCAACCGCGGUCUCCUCGAAAAAACAAGCAGUUCAUUGCAGACAACUUUUGCAUGCGUGGGCUGUCUAACUUUUAUCCUGAUUUAACGAAACGGAUCCGUACUUCCUAUCAGAGCUUAACCGAGCUGAAUGAUAGUCCUGUUCCCCUGGAACUUGAGCGCUGCAAGUCCCCCACUUCAGUCAAAGGAUCAAGAAAGUUAAGUCUGCCAACAGAUCUUAAGGCUGAUCUUGACCAUGUAAAUGGACACUGCACAAGUCCAACUUCUCAGAGUUGCAGUUCUGGAAAACGUCUUUCCAGUGCUGAUGUUUCAAAAGUAAAUCGCUGGGGUCCUGGAAGACCACCCUUUAGAAAGGCACAGUCAGCUGCUUGCAUGGAGAUUUCUUUACCAGUUACAACUGAAGAAAACCGAGAAAAUGCCUAUAAUCGUUCUAGAAGCUCUAGCAUCUCCAGUAUUGACAAAGAUUCUAAAGAAGCAGUUACAGCAUUAUACUUCAUGGAAUCUUUUGCACGGAAAAAUGACUCUACCAUCUCCCCUUGUCUGUUUGUUGGAACUAGUCUGGGAAUGGUGUUAGUCAUUUCCCUAAACCUGCCAUCAGCAGAGGAACCAAGGUUUACAGAGCCUGUGAUGGUAUUACCAAGUGGUACAUUCCUCUCAUUGAAAGGAGCUGUGUUAACUUUUUCCUGUAUGGACCGAACUGGAAGUUUAAUGCAACCUCCAUAUGAAGUUUGGAGGGAUCCAAACAACACAGAUGAAAAUGAAAAAACUUGGAAAAGGAAAUUGGUCAUGAACUACUCUUCUUCAUCCCAAGAAAUAGGAGACCAUCAGUAUACAAUAAUCUGCUCAGAAAAACAAGCCAAAGUCUUCUCACUGCCUUCUCAGACUUGCCUCUAUGUUCAUAACAUCACAGAGACGUCUUUCAUACUGCAAGCAAAUGUGGUGGUCAUGUGUAACAGUGCGUGCUUGGCAUGCUUUUGUGCUAAUGGGCAUAUUAUGAUAAUGAGCUUACCUAGUCUUCGCCCAAUGUUGGAUGUUAAUUAUUUGCCAUUGACAGACAUGAGGAUAGCACGGACAUUUUGUUUUACUAAUGAAGGACAGGCAUUAUACCUCGUUUCUCCUACUGAAAUUCAGCGGUUAACAUAUAGCCAAGAAAUGUGUGAUAAUAUACAGGACAUGUUAGGAGAUUUGUUUACUCCCAUAGAGACACCAGAAGCUCAAAAUAGAGGCUUUCUCAAGGGACUGUUUGGUGGAAGUGGACAGACAUUUGACAGAGAAGAACUCUUUGGGGAAGCUUCAGCAGGAAAAGCAUCCCGCAGUCUUGCACAACACAUUCCUGGACCAGGUAGCAUAGAAGGGAUGAAGGGCGCUGCUGGAGGGGUGAUGGGAGAGCUGACCCGAGCCCGGAUUGCACUUGAUGAGAGAGGACAGAGGCUGGGCGAGCUGGAGGAGAAGACUGCAGGCAUGAUGACCAGCGCAGAAGCCUUUUCCAAACAUGCACAUGAGUUAAUGCUGAAAUAUAAGGAUAAGAAAUGGUACCAGUUCUAAACUUCUAAAGAAGCGGUGACUGCUUUGAGAAACCAUUAUUCAGGGAAACCAAAUUUAUUCCCAGCAUCACUAUUCAACUGCUAGAAACCAGUUUCUUCUACCAAAUGUUCCAUCAUAGUCCAUCUGAAGUUACCGUAAAGGAGACUUAAUCAAAGACAAGGACGCUGUACAGCCUGAAGGCUGGAAACCUGGUUAACUCCCAAGAUAUGGCUGAGUUUGCCUCUCCCCGUGUGGAAUGGGUGUUAUCAUCUUGGCAUGUAAUUUGCUAAGAAUUUAUAUUUAGAAACUAUGGGGAGUCCUUUUGAUUUGAAAAUUCCUGUACAAACAAAAGCAUUAAUGCACUUAAUGAAAAAAAUCUUUGCAUGAUAAAUUAACAUCUUAAGAGGAAAAAAAGCAUGUUAUAACAGAAGAAAAAGGAUUUAUGGUAAACUAUUUUUAUAAAUUGGGCCACACCCAACAAUUUAAAAAAUCUGCAUUAGAAGAUACCAGUGCAUUUCAAGUGUAUUUGCCAUACCCAACUGAAAAAGAAAACAAAAACAAAAACCCAGAGUCUUCUUCUCAUCUGUAACUUUCCAUUUACUAGGACAUAUCAAAUUCUUAUGGCAAGAAUCUGGUUAACAUUCUUCUCUCUAUAUAGCACUUUACAUCAUCCGCAGUUCUCAUUCAGAGUCAGGUAUUGCUUCAAUAGUAAAUUAUUCCCAACACCUUUAUUUCCGUUUCUAUCACCUUCAGAAUGGGUUGAUAUUUUUAGUCAUAAACCACGCAGGGUUGAAUCACCUCAAAGCACUUUUUUCAGCCUGGUUUAUAGUCUACAGGAGAGUUAGUGAUAAGUUUGCAGAAACUAGACUGUAGGAACAAGGCAGUUAGCUUUGGGAGCUGAUUUCACAAAAAGUGAAAUUUCACAUACCCCAAUUUCAGUUUCUAAAGUGGUAUAUUUUUAAAGCACCAUUUAUAUCCUUGUCUGCCAAUUACACAGUAUAUUACUGUUCAAACCCAAUAGGGUCUACAAUCCCAAGGUGCUUUUGCAGCUUGACAUUCACAGACCAAACUGGUCAUUCUCUUUAAUGUGAUUCAGUAAAACCUCAGUUAAUGUUUGGGGAAAAGAUUCUGGUUUAUUGCAUUUCUGAUUAACAAGGGCUCUCAUUAGAAAAUACUUUUGGGUUUAGUACUUAUUGAUGGGAACCUUUAUGAAAUGUAGUAGUGUUUUAGCUAGCUUGACCUCAGUCAUUAUUAUGAAUAACCCAAAUCCACAGAUAAUUUAAUGAUGAAAAAUCAAUAACUUUGUCACUAAUUAGGUUGACUAAUAUAAAUCACAAGUGUGUAUCAGCAAAUAUCAAACACCUUCUGAAAAGUAGUAUUUCAGAAAAUAUAGACCAUCUUUGGUGUGAUAAAUGUUAUCUGUCAAACCCAACAGAGUACUAGAAACAGAAUACAACAAAGAUUGAUUCCUACUCACACCGUCUAACAUGCUUCUAGAAGCCAAAAUCCUAGGGACUGAUUCAUUGAAUUUUGAUUAAUCAAAGGCUUACUGGGUUUGCAUUUGUGUUUAAGAAAUCACCAUCUUCUUGAGUCCAAGUUAAUAUCCCAAAUUAUCAUUUUUAUUGGUUUUACAUUUUUUAUUUGAAGUGGUGCUUCCUAUAAAUUUUUCUCAGUGAUUUUGAAAAGAGCAAAAUUAUUAAAGAUUGAGAAAAUGUAUACUAGAACAGCAUCUCUCCAA